UCGCAAACAGAGUAUGCCAUUGGGACAAGUCUGAAAAUUCUACUGUGACUAAAAAAUCAAAAAUCUUUUGUUUAGAUCCGAUUGUCGAAAUGGAUAAAGUGUUGUGUUUUAUUUUGUUAUUAAAUGCGGGGCUGGUUUACUCACAAUUAUUGAGUACAGUAAACAAUGUUCGUCUAGUCAACCACAUGCCAUAUAUUCUGGAGGUCAUGGAAACAACUAUGAAGGAUGUGGAGGCUCAUGGCUGGUGCAACUUGAAGAUACCAAACCAUGAGGUUGAAAUUGAUGAAAAUAUAUUCGAUUGGACAGUCAAAGGCCGUGUCGCGUUCAAAAAUGGCUUCGUCACGUCGAUCCAGAAGGUGGACCUGAUUCAGAGCACCCUACAACAAGUGUGGCGGUUUGACAACUCAGACAAUACCACCAGCGUGUUUGUCCAGGCUACGCUAAGGAUGGUAGACGUGAGGUUGGGGUACGACGUCGAAGUAACCCUGGAUGAUGGCAGAAUCCACCAUUUCACGGGGAUCUUUAGACACAACAUCGUCCAGUAUCCCUUUGCGGUGGUGUACAACAUGUUCACUGAAGAAUUGACCGCGACGGUGACUAUGACCACUCUGGCAAGAAGCACAAAUAAGAUGAUUUUCGCUCCUGCUACGGCUCUUACACAAGUGUUGACACACUCGUACGACGUGACAAGCGCCGCUACUGGCAUGGCGGCCUGGGCUUCAGAUGUUUUCCAACCUAUCCUACUCAACGUGACUACCUACAAGGUCAAAUUCCCUCAGAUCUGCUACAACUGCAACGCUUAACCUUUUGAAUAUUUAUUUAUUUUGACGUGCACAAAUAUCACGUGCGAGCAAGCUUCUUGAAAAUGUCUAAAUUACCUUCACAGCGUCCGCAACAAGACCUUUUAUAAACGGAAAUAGAUACUAUACACUAGAGAUAAAGAAAUCAUAGCCCACUGGUGGCCGAGCCGGGAAUCGAACCC